UCCGCCGCGGAGAGGCCUCGCCAGCAGUAAAAAUGGCGGAGUCGGUACUAGAAGUUGUGGGGAAGCUGCAAUCGCGGCUUUUGGGCGGUUCGGAGCCCAAGAAGCUGCUGAAAAGUUUGAAGAGGCUUUCCGAGCUGCCCAUAACGGUUGACAUCCUCCUGGAGACUGGAGUUGGGAAGACAGUGAACGGGUUGCGGAAACAUGAACUGGUUGGAGACUUUGCCAAGGACCUGGUGGCGAGGUGGAAGAAGCUGGUGCCUGUCGCCCAGGAAGUGGACAGGAAUAACCUUGAAUCUGAAGAACGCAACUAUGACCGGAGCAGCUCUAGGAAACGGCAGCGGGAACCAUCCCCCAAAGAAGAUGAGGAGAUGGAGCAGGAUUAUCCGGAAGCAUACCAGCCUUCCUGCAGCCAAUCAUAUGAGCCAGAAUACGGGGUAAAGAAGCCCAAAAGGUACCCCAAGCCGGAGAGACCCCAUCAGACUGUGAGCUACAGCACGCCAGAGGGCAGGACGUGGGGCAGAGAGUCUCCCAUGCUCUCCUCUGAUCAGGAGUGCUCUGACUACGGGCACCCGGUUUCGCCCACGCUGAGCGAGAGCCCUCAGGAAUUAUCCCCAGACCUCUGCAUAGUUGAGGAGCGGGAGCAGAAGGUCCUUCACCGGAAGGCUAACAAGGACAGGCAAGAGGGGAGCCACGGCCGGACCCUCAGCGAGCCCCAGGACAAAGCCAGCUUGAGCUGGAGCAAAGAGCAUAAAUCUUCUCACAAGGAAAAGCAGCGGCCCGAGGCCAAGGGGGAGGAGAGAGUCCCGGCUUUUAGCCUGGAGCGGCUUCACAAGGGGUCUUCCAAAGAGCCGCUUCGAGAAGCUUCUUUGGCGGGCUGCAGCAAGGAAAGGCUGAAGACUGUGGACAGCAGCAAGCCAGAGAAGAAGAGAGAAGGCGGCAGCUCGAAGAAAGAGAAGCUGACGCACAUUGACUUUGAGGAAACUCUAGGCAACCACGUCAAGAAGCAGAAGCACCUGGAUUCCGAGCCAGUCAAACCCAAGAAAGCCAAGCCGAGCUCGGAGGUCUCGCAUGGCGACCGGGAGAAACGAAAGCCAGAGCAGGAUUCAUCCAGUAAGAAUAAAGAGAAAACGGCUUCUGGCAGCAUAAAAUCCCCAGAGGGCAAGUCCAAAUCCUCCGAUUUGAACAAAAAAAGAGCCAGCUUCUCCCCUUCUGAUUUUGGGGAUGGGGAAGCAGAGGACGAGUUUGAAAAGCCAACCAUGUCCUUCGAGAAUUACCUGAUGUAUGACCAGCCCCAGCACAAGAAAAAGAAGAAGAAGGUGCCAGUCAAGCCCCCAGCCCCCGCCCCCGCCAAGGACCGAGGGCAUGGCAAGCAGAACGGGUCCAAGUCUAGCGCCAAGAGCUCCGACUCGAGCCGAAAAUCCCACAAGCAGGUGAGCGAGAAGAAGCAGGCGCAGGCAUCCAAACCAGCUAAGAUCCCCAUUGACGUGGUGCCAACACUCCCUGACAUACCUUUGCCCCCAAUCCAGAGUUCCUACCGCCCUCUUCCUUCGCUGGAUUCACUCCCCCUCAGCCAGCCAAGGAGGAAAGCAUUGUCCUCCCCCACAGAGGAGGAUGAAGCAGGUUUCACGGGACGCAGGCUGAAUUCCAAGAUGCAGGUGUAUUCAGGAUCCAAGAGCGCCUACCUCCCGAAGAUGAUGUCUCUGUAUGAGCAGUGCAUCCGAGUCCUCAGCAAUAAUAUCGACUCAAUUUAUGAAGUGGGUGGAGUUCCUUUUGCUGUCCUGGAGCCUGUCUUGGAGCGAUGCACCCCAGAGCAGUUGUACCGCAUCGAGGAGUGUAAUCACUUUUUAACCGAGGACACCAAUGAGUUGUGGCACAAUCACUGCCUCCGUGAUUUCAAGAAGGAAAAGCCGGAGGAGUUGGAGUCAUGGCGGGAGAUGUACCUGCGCCUGCACGACGCCCGAGAGCAGCGGCUUCUCAUGCUGACCCAGAACAUCCGCUCGGCUCAUGCCAAUAAACCCAAAGGCAGAGUAGCCAAGAUGGCGUUUGUCAAUUCUGCUGCUAAGCCCCCCCGGGAUGUGCGGAGAAGACAGGAGAAGUUUGGCACCGGAGGAGGAGGUGUCCCGGAGAAGAUCAAGAUAAAACCGGUUCUCUUCUCCCCGGCCAAAAGCAGCAGCGUUCAAGUGGAAGAGGAGCAGGCCUACGAGGGGCCCAGCACCAGCAGCAGUCACUUGGGCUCCUCUGUGGGCAGCGCUUCCUCCGUCAGCUACGACCCUCGGAGGCCCCCCGUGAAGAAAAUCGCACCCAUGAUGGCAAAGACUAUUAAAGCGUUCAAAAACCGAUUCUCUCGAAGAUAAAGGUGCCCGCGAGCAAGGGAGAAGAAGAGAGCUCUUCUCUUCAACGGGAGAAUUG